GAUGAUGACCUUCUCUCAUUUGUCACCAUGCCUGAUGUCAAGGCAAUCAAAUACAACGUGACCUACUACGAUCGCACCCGCGUCAGCCCUGGAUACUGGUUUGUCGCACCGUACUGGUUUUUCGAAGCCGAGCCUCCGAAUAGCAAAUACAUUCCUUGUCAAGUGGGGCCCCACAUCUACGAUCAGGACGGCAAGCUGGUCUGGACCGGUGCAUGCCUCCACCACAACCGCAACAUCUUUGACUUCAAACCCACCAACCACAUAUUGAACGAUACCACAUAUCUUUCUUUCAUUCUGCAGAAUAGUUACAUUAAUGAUGGCACCCCCUUGGCUAAGGGCGCCGCAUAUAUACUAAACGACAAAUACUUUGUCGAGAAAACCAUUCCCAUCACCAACGACUUGGAGCGAUGGGACCUACACGAAUUCAAUAUCCUUCCGGGCGGGAAGACGGCUAUGGCGGCCUCAAUCCGCAUCCAAGACCAGACACUAGCAGACUUGGGUCGGCCGGCCGAGAUGAGCAAAGUUGCUUCAGGGGGGUUCCUUGAGAUUGACCUUGCCACGAGUGCAGUAAUCUUCGAUUGGGAUUCCCGGGACAAGAUCCCGCUCCAUGAAUCUGACCAUGUGAUGCCUUGGUCGCCGGCAGAAGGCGGAGGUGGUCUGGACUAUAUCCAUGUGAAUGCGGCCGACAAGAACAUGUACGGUGACUACCUGUUGUCGGCCCGCUACACGAGUACCAUCUAUCUCCUCUCCGGACAAGACGGACAUAUCAUUUGGCGACUCGGUGGUAAACACACUAACUUCGUCAUGGAUUUCACCUUCUCAAAGCAACAUAACGCGCGAUUCGUCUCAGUAAACGAGACACACACUGUCCUGUCUUUCCUCAACAACGCCUCGGACGACUUCACCAAUCAAGAAGAGAUUUCGUCCGGAAUGGUGGUCGAACUAAACACCGUCAACAUGACUGCGACUCUUCUGCGCCGCUACAAUCGCCCGGACGGCGGGCUGAGUCGCAUGCGUGGGAACCUCCAGACACUCGAAGAAGGGAAUGUCUUCAUGGGCUGGAGUGAGCAAGGCUACCACAGCGAGCACGCGCCGGAUGGAACCGUUCUCAUGGAAGCCAAGUUUCUUUCGCCGCGCUUUAACAGCUAUCGAUCAUACAAAUUUCCGUUCAUUGGCAAUCCUCAGCAGCCGCCGGCUCUGGUCGCAUCUGUCUACGCCAGCGAAUCCAGCCAUGCGCACCCGCCCGCUACAGGCGUACCGAUGACAGACCCCGAGCUGACUACGGUCUUCCACGUCAGCUGGAACGGAGCCACCGAGGUCGCAGUCUGGAACUUCUAUUCACAAGCUGACGAGAUUUCCAUCCCCUACCUCAUUGGCAAGGUGACCAAGCACGACUUCGAAUCCGUCUUCGUAACCCCGGGCUACUGGGACUUUGUCUCCGCCGAGGCGCUCGAUCGCAACGGCAACUCCCUAGGCUGGUCGAUGAUCACCCGUACCAGCGUUGAGGGGUCUUUGCAAUUUGCAUCCGAGGAUGGGGCGCAGCCUUUGCUCGUACCGGAUGAUCCCACCUCUCUUGUUCCUGAGUCUGUUAUCGAGAUAGUGACUGACCCGGUGCCUCUGGCUGAGGCUAUCGCUGUGGAUGAAGAAGUGGUAGAAGAGCCGGAACAUGUUUCUGAUGAGGAUCGCCUACUGAAAGCGAUCAACGAUGUGGUCCUUGGGAUGAUUAUGCUCGCUUGUUUUGGUACCAUUCUGAUAUUCU